UUCUAUGUGAUCUUCCUCGCCUAACCAAACAAGUAAAAGCCUUCAUAACGAAGCAACCGCAUCGCACACCAAUGAAGUAAUUGAGUAUUACGAAAGCAUCCACUCCUUACCCUUUUAGGAAAGUAACUCCAAAACUCACAUCCCAAAAAGACAUAAAAUUACCAAAAAGGGAAAUCGAAAACAUAUAAAUUGAGGCGGUGACAUUCCAUUUUUUUAAAAGACACCAACAAUUUGGUUGGCUCUUUUCCGACAAACAUGGCUGCUGCUCACCCGGGCAGGGAACGGUUUGUCACGUUCCUCGGCGGCUGGCUGGACCGCCAGCAAACGUUUCUGGACCAGCUCCUUAAUCUGGUCGAAUCGCCGGACUACGAAAACAAGGAUGCCCGAGAGAGGAUCUUAAUCGAACAGGUUCUGUCCCACUACCAGCAGUACUUCGCCGAGAAAGCCAGAACGGCGGAGGAGGAUGCGUUCGUCUUGUUUUCGCCGCCUUGGCUCAGCUCCUUUGAGCGGAGCUUGCUCUGGUUGGGGGGAUUCAAGCCGUCAAUGGUGCUGCGCAUGGUGGACAGCUCGGUUGAGGACUUGACGGCUGAACAGGUGAGGGAGAUGGACGCGGUGAAGGGCGAGACGAGGCGGGCGGAGCGGGAUCUCUCGGAAACAAUGGCGAGGAUUCAGGAGAGCGUGGCGGCGCCGCCUAUUCUGGCGCUGGCGAGGAGGGUGGGGAGGCCGAUGGAAGGGGAGAUUUCAUCGCUGGAUAUGGCGAUGGAGAUGCUGAAGACGGCCAUGCUGGGGGUUUUCGAGAGCGCCGAUGGUCUUCGCGGGUCGACGGUGAGGAAGGUGGUGGAGGUGUUGAGUCCGGAGCAGACUGUGAAGGUUUUGGCGGCGGUGGCGCAGUUUCAAUUGAGGAUUAGAAGGUGGGGGUUGCAGAGGGACACGCAGCUGAGCUAAUGUCGAGGGACCUACAUGAAACGGGAAAGGAAGCCAUGUAAGUUGCUCCAUGUUAUCGUUUUAUUUUUGUUUUUGGCGCUUCAGUUGAAUAAUUUACAAGUUUGUUUUUCUAUUUACUCAAAUAGUUUACAAAUUUGUAAUGAGUCGUAGUGCGCGUGAU